AUGAAAAGUAUGUUCGCUAUCAUUUUGCUUUUCUGUGUAUACUUGCCUGACACGGCGAGGGGAGGGGAUGCAGAAUUACCGUUAGGAUCAAGCCCGAUUCGCCCGAACGAGGCGGUGAACCCACACGGUCGAUUGAUAGAAAGCAUUGAUCAAGACCACAGUAUUGCCCUUGUUGGAGGAGAGGAAUCAAGCAAGAAGCGCCGCCUUACGGAGUACCAAAGAAGAAAACAAAACAAAGUAGCAAAGCUUGAAAAAGUUGGCGUGGAUGAAAAUGUAGCAAAAAUUGUAGUGAAUCAAAACUUUUCAAGAAUUCAUAGAAAAUGGAUGAAGGAAAAUAAAGAAAAAGGGAAAAAAUUGAAUCGAGAAUCGUAUUACAGACGAUAUAACAUCAUCAAGGAUAAACUCAAUGAAAGAAGGAAGGAGAGAUAUCGUGAACGAAAAGCAACAGAACCAAAUUUCGCUGAAAGUCGGAGAAUGACAAAGCAAGAUAGAUAUGAAGCAAACAUCCGAGCCAAUCUGAAAAAAGGAAUGACACAAACGGAGGCAACGGAAAAGGCAAACAUUUAUAUGGAAACUUACAGGAUGAAGUGCCGUCAAAGUAAUCAAAAACAUCGACAAGAUAAGAAACAAAAGGCAGCACGACAGGCCCCCAAUCAGGAUCAAGCUUGA